UAUGCGCUCUUACAAAUCUGUCUGCCAAAAAUUUCUGACAACAAUUUUGUCGAAUUUCCUACGUCGCCGGAAAUGGCAAAGCCGUUCGCUGCUUUUGCAUGGGUUAUCCUAUUUAUCCAACUGGCUCGUAGUCCGGCUCAAAAACAGAGAUGCUCAGCACAGUGGCCGGUCGCGAUUCCGCCAUCUGCAGAUGUAAACGUUCCUGAAAAGAUUGCCGGCAUCUGGUACAUGUACCGCGAGAAAUCUCGAUUCGGCUCAACUAGUGUAUUUAAUCAACACGUUCAAUGGGACAUCAUCACGCAGACUGUCGAUACGUCAACUAACCAGUCAGCGUGGGCUGUGACUGCCCAAUUUGCAAUGAACGAUGCUGGGGGAAAUCGCUCGUGUGAAAAUCAUUUCUGGACAGGAUUGUACACGGUGGACGGGCGUAUGAGGGGAACGAUGGCCGCAACGGAGGAUAAUUUAAUUAUGAGAGAAGUUAAUCUCAGCAUUUUAUAUCACGACUACAACAAGAUGCUGGUAGCGUACGGUUGCAUCGGUCCCAACCAAGACGGAAGUUGUACAACCCCACUUGUUAUUGUCCAAGUCCGAGCGAAUCUUUCCAGCCUGUCGGCCAGCGAUAUGGACGAUCUCGACAGCACUCUGAAUACGCUGUUUGCUGCGUACUGUAUCACAGCUAACGACAUCCCGCAACAGCGGUUUGAUAGUCGUUCCCCGUGCCUACUGAUUGAUUCGCCAGAUUGUACUGCCAAAGAUAUUCAAGGUCUUCGAUUGUUAGGUAAUCUGAACAUCUCGGAUCCUAGUACACCGAAUUGUCGGCUACCCAACGCCAUCGCUAGCGAAGCAGUGUUAGAUCCGCAGCAGCUUACCGGUUCCUGGUCCGGAUACACCGCUCACCUUUUAGGUGGCCCGCCUUAUAGCUUAAGCAUUAAAUGGCACAGUAUCGGGAGGAGUCCAUCGACUUCUCCGAACAUUACGUCACAACUUAUGUGGAUGGAGUACUUCUAUGCAAGCCCAGGAUCCACCCACGAAUUUAGAUGCUCAUACGGCUAUUAUAUCGGCGAAGUUCGCAGCGAUGGGCAACUUAACGGUCGGGUUUUUGAAAAAUCACUUGGUGUGCCAGAUGCAAGAAGAGUUCUCAGUUUAAGUACUGUGUAUCAGGACGCCAAUAUUACAGUGUUUUAUGGCUGUUUAAUUCCUAAUCCGGUGACGGGAAUCUGUAGCUCAUGGUGGCUGCUGGCGGCAACGCGAACCUCUACAUCAGAUUUCACAUUCCAUCCGGUAAUUGAUGCGUUUCUGAGCAAGUAUGGGGCGUGCGGUGACACCAGGACGUUGUUCGCUUCCGGAGUGAUUGCCUCAACCUGCACCUCCGGAUCGGCGAAUGACACGUGCUUGCAGCAGUCUAUUCCAGGCCUACAAGAAGGGGUUGUGCGUAACCAUUCCUCUACGUCGCCGGCGUCUUAUUAAGCAUAUCGCAAGGGUUGUGCAACGCAGUUCUUCAACACUGAAACGGUCUACUAGCAGUGGUAAACGCAGUAAAUAACACACCCUGUGCCAACUGUGCGAGCUGGAAAAUUAAUACGUUACCGAUUGGUUUUGCAUUAGCAACUGUUCGCUGGUUUUUCGCCUGAUUUUUAUACAGUUUUCUUACAAUUGGUUUUGUUUUCUUGAAUCUAAUGGUUUCCCAAAAGCCAGAUGUUCAGUGCUACUGAAUGACAGAGUACCUAGAC